AUUGUCCUCGUCGGCCACCGUACGGUGUCGUGGCGAUCGCUGAUGUGUUCAGAGUUGUCACAGCACAUAUAGCUAACUACUGCUAACAGUUCCGUUUAUUUAAUCUAAACUGUUUUCUUGCAUUUCACACCGGACAGUCUAUAUUUCAUCAUGAGGCGCGCCGGUUUGGGCGAGGGGAGCUCUGGGAAUUACGUAGCGAGCGGGUACAGUGUCUAUGAAGAAGAAAAUGAACAUCUUCAGGAGGGACUGAGAGCUAAAGUCAACGCUUUGAAGAGUUUAACGAUUGAUAUUGGAACGGAAGUCAAGUACCAAAAUAAAAUGCUUGAGGAUAUGGACACAGACUUUGACUCAACAGGCGGCCUGCUCGGUUCCACCAUUGGCAGAGUGAAGCAGCUUUCCAGAGGCAGCCAGACCAAACUCUUGUGCUACAUGCUUCUCUUCUGCUUUUUCGUCUUCUUUGUCCUGUAUUGGUUUAUUAAGCUGAGGUGAUAGGAGAGCCAUGUCACACCAUCCUCCCCAGUCUUGCAGCACCAUGGUGAUCGAUCUCAAAACUAAUGUGUCUCUGAUUUAGUUUCCCUGGUGUCUAUAAGCAUUUGAUCCAGUAAUUACAAGCUAAGUAAAGUAGGGGGGUCUAGAGAGGAUAUUUGAGUCCUAAAGAGUAAAAGUGCUUUACAGAAGUGUAAAAGGUCUCGGGUGAAACAGCUGUAAAUGGUUCUACUGUAUCAGGACCUUAAUGCAGUAGUCGGCCCACUGAAUACUAAAACGUGAUGACAUUUCUAAUCUGUUAGUUAAGUUAUAGAAAUGCUAAUAACCUAGUGUAUUACAGCACUGAGAUCAAACAACAGUGGUGCAUGUUGUUCUUUCAAGUUUGUUGUACAAAUGUUUUCUAAUGUAAAUAAAUUUAAUGCUCUGAA